AGUAUGCAAUGUCAUUUAGCAACCGACGGAGAUACAAAAUAUUGUUUCCUUGUUGAAAGAAAAAGUAUAAUACAUUUAUAAAUCGUGAAGAUGUGAUAGUGUUUUCUAAUAUUUCUCAUGAAGAAAUACAAAUAUUUACUAAGUUUAAAAUUUAUUGUUUCUAAAAACAAAAAGGCAGACGAAAUGAACGACAGAUUCAAGGAAAAAGAUUUGCAAUGAUUCAAAAAAUGUUUACCAAGAAAAUAAAAUUGACAAACCUUGUACCACGUUUUUAAGGGACACUGCCUGUACUACACGCUUGCCAAAUAUCAAAGAUGCGAUUUGCCUUCGAUUCUAAUCAUUCGCAAUCGGAGGCGUCAUUCAAAGGCAGCAGAUGCUUCUUUAAUUGUCAAUGCAUCUGCUGUCGCCAGGGAUGCUGCGUUGUGGUUGUAAAGUGCUGUUGCUGCUUUAACUUAAACUGCUGCAACAGCCUUGGCUCCCGGAAGUCGUUUCCACAAUCCGCUGCAAUGCGUAAAAAAGUUUCUGAUCUCGAAGUCCUUAGAGUAUCAAGGUUUGUGGCGGUUAUUUUAGUGCUGGCUCGGUGGGUUACUGCCGUAGCGACCCUCCUGACAAGCUGCAUUCUCCUAGACAUUUUUUCCGUGCCUGGCCAGUCUGGAGUUGCAGAUAGAAGCCAAGCCAGCAGUAGGACAGUGCACGUCUCGGUUCCUACCACACCUAAUGAAACUCCCAGCAGCAAUUCGGAAACAAAGCUAAAGUUGCUUUAUGGGUAUACAUCGUAUGAUAUAAAUAACGACCAACAGGUAAAGUCCAACAAUCUAUAUAGAGUGCUUUGUAGAAGUCGUAAUCGAAAACGACAGCGAAGGAGACGCCGCCGCAAUCGCAGACGACGCAGGCACAGAUAUACUAAGAGACUUCAUCAUGUAAUGCAAAGUAAUAUGAGCGGCUUUGAGCAAAGACUUAGUUUUAGCGAUGGCAAAUGCCAGUCUUUGGAGACAAAUUACGGAACUAAUUAUGACUUAAUACACGGACGUAAACUAUUUAGUCAGUCAGAGAGAAGCCUACUGGUGUACCCUUUGAGGGAAAUUGAAGCACCUUGGCCAGCGAUUCAUGGUUCAAUGCGUAACUGUUCAAAGAUUAAACGCAAUAGAGCCAAUCUUAUUUGGCUUCUAAUCGGACUCGUCUGGUUUGAAGUCAAGCUUAUAAAUUGCAAUGGGAUCAGCAGUAGUAAUUAUUAUGCUUCGAAUUUGGAGAGUCACAAGGGCUGCACCUUGUGCCAUGAAAGCGGAAAGCCCAACAUAUACACCGAUAAAGAUAAUCCACACACAGACUACAACAUCUACAACAAAUACCAUUCCAACAAUAAUUUCAACAAAAAAACUAAUCAACCACAUAACAACAUUGCACCGAGCGAUGAAGUUCGUUUGGAGUCAAUAAAACGGCAAAUUUUGACAAAGCUUGGUCUUAGCCACAAGCCUAAUGUAUCUAAUCCUUUACCAAAGCAAUUUAUUUGGGAAACAAUAUAUCGCGCCGAUGGUGGACGAAUGAUACCAAACAAUGCAUUUGGGAGCAAUGGUAAGAAUUUAGAUCAGAAGACUAUCAAGCUGCGGGCGUUAGCCUCGCCCGGAUCACAUUUGUUCAAUGGCCGAGGUGGAAGGACCGAUCAAAGCAGCGAACGGGAUCCCAGUCAUCAUAGAUAUCGAUCCCCGUUCGAUUUCACUUUCAAUAUAAGUAAAGAUAAUGUAUAUGCGCAAGUAUUGAGAAAUCGUUCUUUAGGGCGAAGGCAUUAUAUAGAACGAAUCGAUGAAAAAAACUCAUUCUUAAAUGGAUGGACAGACAACCGUCAAUUAAAAAUUAACUCUCGAAUUUCAUCUAUGCCUACAGAACUAAAAAGCCACCAUACCAAGAAGCUUAAAAGCGGAGCGUUCAGAAAAGUUAAUGGCUUCAACGGCAAACAAAUGAAUGAGAAUGCCUUAAAAAAAUCUACAUAUCUUAUAGAUAUAAAUCAUAGUAUUGAUAAUAAAACCCAUUCUGGCAUAAAUGGUGAGAUCAGGCCCAAUGCUUAUGAAUAUUUUAACGAUUACAGUGUUCAAACUCAUUAUAAAAACCGGUACCAUGCAGGGCGCUCUAGCAUUGGAUAUCAGCCAGCGAUACACAGCAUAGAAGAUGAAAAUCAGAAGGGACAUCACGAAUCUUUUGCUCAUGAUCAGGAGAAUAUUGAUCAUGAAGACUUCUUUGGAAAUACUCAGGAAAUAAUUACAUUUGCUGAAGAGGGAACCCAAUAUCGACAAUACCGAAUACUUGAGUUUUCGGCCCAAAACCGCCGUGUUCCCAGCCAAAAAUUAUCCAUACGAAGCGCUCAGAUUCACAUAAGGAUAGACAAGCCACAUAGUUUUUGGAUUGAACGAGCAAAAAGUUUGCCAGAAAAACAUUUACUAAACACUAAAAGAAAAUGGGGAGCAAAUAAACAACAUCACAGAAUAAAAAUAUGGGUAUUUCAGUUAUCAACUUCAAUCAAUAUUACGGAGAAGGGAAUAGACAAGGCUAUUAUCUUCCGAGCUUCUUUUGAAGUUGACACGAAAAAUUUAGGAUGGCAAAAAUUCGAUUUAACAGAUACAAUCCGUGAAUGGUACGGCCAUACCAGUCACGAAAAACUGCGACUGUUGAUUGAUUGUACUGGAUGCGGUGGUCGUUACUCUUUGCACCUUUUUCAAACUUCGAAACUGAGAGGGAACUCGUCCGACUACUUGAGUACGAAUCCCAAUCGACCAUUUCUCGUACUUCAUACAGAAUCAUACAGAAAAAGGCGUGUCAGGCGACGCGCCGUAGAUUGUGGCGGAGCUUUAAAUGGACAGUGCUGUAAAGAAUCAUUUUAUGUUUCUUUCAAAGCACUGGGUUGGGAUGACUGGAUUAUUGCACCCAGAGGAUAUUUCGCAAACUAUUGCCGAGGCGAUUGCACGGGCACUUUUAGGACGCCAGACACUUUCCAAACAUUUCAUGCUCAUUUUAUAGAGGAGUAUCGGAAAAUGGGACUUCUGAAUGGAAUGCGACCGUGUUGCGCCCCAAUAAAAUUCUCUAGUAUGUCCUUAAUAUAUUAUGGUGAUGAUGGUAUUAUUAAGCGAGACUUGCCAAAAAUGGUUGUUGAUGAGUGUGGUUGCCCUUAGCCUUGUCUUACAAUUUUAUCGUUUCCGUCCGGUAGAAAUAGACAUACAUAAGUGUCCUAACUGAGCACCAACCUCUAAACGAAGUCUUUAAGUUUUUAGUUAAAAGUACAAUAAUAUACAUAAAGUAGACUCAAUUUUAUUUUAUACUUAGCUAUGCUGAUGACAAUAUUUAUAUAUUUACGAACAAAUCCAAAUUGAGCAAGUGCCUAAAUUACGUAAAUGAAAUAUUUUUAAAUUUUAAGAAUAUUUCAAAUCACACUAAAAUAUCUUUGUACUAAUAAAAUUCGAUAUUUUUAGUAAUUACUUUAUUAAAUAUGUUCAAUGUAACAUAAGCAUACAACGAAAUGUUUGAAUUGCGUAUAAAAUGUGCAAAGCGCCGCUCCUUUUGUUACUGCCAAAACAUUAAUUUUACUAACUUGAAAAGCUUAUAUCACAGACAUGUAAUAAUUAUUUCAUAUUACAGUUUAAUAAAGUAUUAAUAUAAGUAUUACUAAAUGAAAUGAAA